UGCUGUAGUCCAGAUCCGCCCUGACCCGGAAUCACAACAACUCCUGCUCCAGGACAGACAGUCCGCAGAUAGUAUCGCUCACUUCGGCUGUUAAUGCGACACAAAGCUUCUCCUAUAAUGACCCUCAGACAGCCCUAGAGCAUUAAGGAGAAACAUCUCGAACCCUGACAUGGUCCCGGGUCUCCGGUCUCUCCGCUGUCACCCCUGCUCAGCUAGCCCAUCAUUCACCCCCCCACCGCCGGGCCAGCGAGUCAACAACAACCGUCUACCGCCGCAUCGCCUGCUCUGAGCGGAGCCGCGAUGGGGAACCAGUUGGCGGGCAUCGCGCCCUCACAGAUCCUGUCGGUGGACAGCUACUUCUCCGACAUCCACGACCACGAGUAUGACAAGAGCCUGGGCAGCACACGCUUCUUCAAGGUAGCCCGCGCCAAGCACCGCGAGGGGCUGGUGGUGGUGAAGGUCUUCGCCAUCCAGGACCCCUCGCUGCCCCUGACCAGCUACAAGCAGGAGCUGGAGGAGCUCAAGAUCCGCCUCCACUCGGCCCAGAACUGCCUGCCCUUCCAGAAGAACUCCCUGACGGAGAAGGCCGCCAUCCUGUUCCGGCAGUACGUCCGGGACAACCUGUACGACCGCAUCAGCACGCGGCCCUUCCUGAACGGCGUGGAGAAGCGCUGGCUGGCGUUCCAGAUCCUGACGGCCGUGGACCAGGCCCACAAGGCGGGCGUGCGGCACGGCGACAUCAAGACGGAGAACGUCAUGGUGACCAGCUGGAACUGGGUGCUGCUGACGGACUUCGCCAGCUUCAAGCCCACCUUCCUGCCCGAGGACAACCCCGCCGACUUCAACUACUUCUUCGACACGUCGCGGCGCCGCACCUGCUACAUCGCCCCGGAGCGCUUCGUGGACGGCAGCAUGUUCACGGCGGAGAACGACCAGACCACGCCCCUGGUGGACCUCUCCAGCAACAACCAGCGCAGCCGCGGGGACCUCCGGCCCGCCAUGGACAUCUUCUCAGCAGGCUGUGUGAUCGCGGAGCUCUUCACGGAGGGGGUGCCGCUCUUUGACCUCUCCCAGCUGCUGGCGUACCGCAAGGGGCAGUUCCAGACGGAGCACGUCCUGAUGAAGAUAGAGGACGAGAACGUCAGAGAACUGGUGAUGCAGAUGAUCCAGCGCGAGCCGGACAAGAGACAGUCGGCGGAGGACUACCUGAGGCAGCAGCGGGGGCGGGCCUUCCCCGACAUCUUCUACAGCUUCCUGCAGCCGUACAUGGCGCAGUUCGCCAAGGAGACCUUCCAGUCGGCCGACGAGCGCAUCCUGGUCAUCAGGAAGGACCUGGACAACAUCCUGCUCAACCUCCGGGGAGGGAGCUCCUCCUCCUCCUCCUCCCUCUCCUCCCUCUCCUCCGGCGGGGAGAAGGUGUGCCAGGAGGAGGGCUCCGCGGUGGUGGGCCCCCGGGAGGAGCAGGGCCUGACGGUGCUGGUGUCGGUCAUCACGUCCUGCCUGCAGACGCUGGGCUGCUGCGACGCCAAGCUGGCGGCGCUGGAGCUGGUGCUGCACCUGGCGCCGCGGCUGGCGGUGGACGUGCUGCUGGACCGCAUCGCGCCCUACCUGCUGCACUUCUGCGGCGACGGGGUGCCGCGCGUCCGGGCGCAGGCCGUGCGCACGCUGGCCAAGGUGCUGGCGCUGGUGAAGGAGGUGCCGCGCAACGACGUCAACAUCUACCCCGAGUACAUCCUGCCCGGCAUCGCCCACCUGGCGCAGGACGAGGCCACGGUGGUGAGGCUGGCCUACGCAGAGAACAUCGCCCACCUGGCGGAGACGGCGCUGCGCUUCCUGGAGCUGGUGCAGGAGAACCAGGUGGUGCCGGAGGGCGGCCUGGAGGAGGCGGAGGAGGCUCUCCACCCCAGCGACAACUACGACUCCGAGCUGCAGGCGCUCCACGAGAUGGUGCAGCAGAAGGUGGUGACGCUGCUCAGCGACCCGGAGAACAUUGUGAAGCAGUCGCUGAUGGAGAACGGCAUCACGCGACUCUGCGUGUUCUUCGGCCGGCAGAAGGCCAACGACGUGCUGCUGUCCCACAUGAUCACCUUCCUCAACGACAAGAACGACUGGCACCUCCGGGGGGGCUUCUUCGACAGCAUCGUGGGCGUGGCUGCGUACGUGGGCUGGCAGAGCUCGUCCAUCCUGAAGCCCCUGCUGCAGCAGGGUCUGAGUGACGCGGAGGAGUUUGUGAUCUACAAGGCGCUCAACGCGCUGACCUGCAUGUGCCAGCUGGGCCUGCUGCAGAAGCCUCACAUCUACGAGUUCGUCAGUGACAUCGCUCCGUUCCUCUGCCACCCCAACCUGUGGAUCCGCUACGGGGCGGUGGGCUUCAUCACGGUGGUGGCCCAGCGCCUCAGCGUUGCUGACGUCUACUGCAAGCUGAUGCCCCACCUCUCGCCCUUCAUCACCCAGCCCAUCAUACAGAUGGACAAGGAGCUGGUGCUGCUGAGCGUGCUGAAGGAGCCGGUGAGCCGCUCCAUCUUCGACUACGCGCUGCGCUCCAAGGACAUCGCCAGCCUCUUCCGCCACCUGCUGCUGCGGCUGAAGAAGCGCGCCGGGCUGAUCCCCGAGUGCCCCGCCCCCGAGGACCCCGCCAUCGCCCAGCUGCUGAAGAAGCUGCUGUCCCAGGGCAUGACGGAGCCCGAGGAGGACAAGCUGCUGGCGCUGAAGGAGUUCAUGCUGAAGUCCAACAAGGCCAAGGCGGUGGUGGGGGAGCAGGGAUCCCAGGGCGAGGCCGCCCAGACCGGGGUGAUCGACCUCGCCCUGCUGGGCAUCUCCGGGCGCCAGGUGGACCUGGUCAAGCCCAAGGCCGAGCCCGACGACAAGAAAGCCAAGAAACACACCAAGCAGCAGGACUCCACCAUGAACGAGGAGUGGAGGAGCAUGUUCGGGUCCCAGGAGCCGGCCUCAUCCCUGGUCGCCACGGCUCCAGACGGGCCCCUGUCCGCGGGCCGGCGGGCGGUGGCGGCGGCGGCCCCGGUGGUCCAGGCGGCGCCGGGAGGCUCCGCCUACCAGCGGCGCCUCAACACCUGCAAGGCGGAGCUGCAGCAGCUGGUGCAGCAGAAGAGGGAGCAGUGCAGCGCGGAGCGCAUGGCCAAGCAGAUGAUGGAGAGCGCCGAGUGGGAGAGCCGGCCGCCGCCGCCCGGGUGGCACCCCAAGGGGCUGCUGGUGGCCCACCUCCACGAGCACCGUGCCGCCGUCAACCGGAUCCGCGUGUCGGACGAGCACUCCAUCUUCGCCACGGCGUCCAACGACGGCACGGUGAAGGUCUGGGACAGCCAGAAGAUGGAGGGCAAGACCACCACCACCAGGUCGGUGCUGACCUACUCUCGUAUCGGCGGCCACGUGAAGACGCUGACCUUCGUCGGGGGCUCCCACUACCUCGCCGCCGCCUCGGACAACGGCUGCAUCCAGCUGCUGGCCGUGGAGGCCAACAAGCCCCCCAAGUCCCCCAAGGUGCAGCCCUACCAGUCCAGGGUGCUUGACCUCCAGGGGGACGGCUGCGUGGUGGACAUCCACCACUUCAACUCGGGGGCCCAGUCGGUGCUGGCCUACGCCACGGUGAACGGCGGCCUGGUGGGCUGGGACCUGCGUUGCCACACCAACGCCUGGACGCUGCGCCACGACCUGCGCUUGGGCCUCAUCACCUCCUUCUCCGUGGACAUGCACCAGUGCUGGCUCUGCCUGGGCACCAGCAACGGCACCAUGGCAUGCUGGGAUAUGCGGUUCCAGCUUCCCAUCUCAAACCACUCCCACCCCGCCCGAUCACGAAUCAGGCGGCUGCUCAUGCAUCCUCUCUACCAAUCGUCUGUGAUCGCAGCGGUGCAGGGUAACAACGAGGUCUCCAUGUGGGACAUGGAGACCGGAGACCGCAAGUUCACCCUCUGGGCUAGCUCCACCCCCCCACUCUCUGAGAUGCAGCCCUCCCCUCACAGUGUUCAUGGGAUCUACUGCAGCCCUGCUGAUGGGAACCCCUUGCUGCUGACGGCCGGGUCCGACAUGAGGAUCAGGUUCUGGGACCUGGCCUACCCCGAGAGGUCGUACAUCGUGGCGGGCGGGGCCAACGACUCGCUGCACUGCCCCUCCGUGCUCUACAGCCGCAAGAUCAUCGAGGGCACCGAGGUGGUCCAGGAGAUCCACAGCAAGCAGAAGAGCGGCGCCCCCGAGGACACGCCCCGCCGCGGCCCCGAGUCACUUCCUGUGGGCCACCAUGACAUCAUCACGGACAUCGCCACCUUCCAGACCACGCAGGGCUUCAUCGUCACGUCCUCCCGCGACGGCAUCGUCAAAGUGUGGAAGUGAACCGUAGAGCACCUGUCUGUCUCUACUGCCUGCCUGUCUGUCUGUCUGUCUCCUACUGUCUGUCUGCCUCUCUCUGCUGUCUGUCUGGAGAGCAGUGUUACCGUAGAGCACCUGUCUGUCUCUACUGCCUGUCUGUCUGUCUGUCUGUCUCUACUGCCUGUCUGUCUGUUUGUCUCCUACUGUCUGUCUGCCUCUCUCUGCUGUCUGUCUGGAGAGCAGUGUUACCGUAGAGCACCUGUCUGUCUGUCUGCCUCUCUCUACUGUCUGUCUGGAGAGCAGUGUUACCGUAGAGCACCUGUCUGUCUGUCUGCCUCUCUCUGCUGUCUGUCUGGAGAGCAGUGUUACCAUAGGGCACAUGUCUGUCUCUACUGCCUGUCUGUCUGUCUGUCUCUACUGCCUGUCUGUCUGCCUGUCUGUCUGUCUCUACUGUCUGUCUGUCUGCCUCCAGCCCGUGUCGUACUCCCCCAGCUCCUUCCAUAACCCCUCCCUUUUGCUUCUCCUUUCUUUGUACAUAUGUUUACUUUUUAAUAUAAACAAAAUCAUUAUGAUUUAAUUUGUGAUCAGGAUCUUGCAUAAAACAAGAGAUGUGAAGUUUGCAAUUGUUUUGGUUUUUUUAUCCAAUUUAUUGCGACUAUGAUAUAGACUCAACUAUGUGGCUCGGCUUGUUGCCAUUCAUUUUGCUCGAUAAUAAAUCAAUUAGUAUUUUGCCAAUUAAAAAGAUUUAGUCUC